GUAUUUCAAAACUGUGGAACGAUAUGGUUUUGACACCAAUAAACAUCAACAACGGUACAUAAUUGAUCUCAACUACCAGCUGAUACAGAGAAUGGUAAGUGUGACUAAUUAGGAUCCGACUAAUUAGGAUCCGUUACAAUGUUACAUACUUACACUUUAAUGUCAACAUUCAUAACAACGAAGAAACUUUUUCAGAUUUUGCCAAACGCGUUUUACAAAUCUCUUCUUUGUUCUUCACACCGGCAAAUAAAUUAGUUGUCGUUGUUCUUACACAGUCCAAGUCUUUAACACAGAUAUGAGAUCUUAAGGUUCUUUGAUUUGACAAGCUACACUGGUUUUGGAGCCAUCCAUCGUCAACAUGGUCACCGAGGCGAUAUUCGCAUCCUUACGACGGAGGAGCUCGCCGUCACUGGAUGCAUAUUUGACAACAACCGUUGAUCUCUCCGGCGUCCCUCUCAUUCAAACCCUAGCUUCAACUUCAGCAGAGCUCGUCUCGUGCUUCCGCGGCGUUCGUUUCUCCUUCCAACGCAGAAACUCACGUUCUCUGAUUCGGAAGAUUGAGGUCUUGCUCUUCUUGUUUGAAUACAUCUCCGAUGAUUCAGGUUUCGAUUCGACGGCAGUGCUUUGCUUUAAGGAGCUCUAUCUCUUCCUCCACCGUUCCAAAUUCCUUCUCCAUUACUGUGCUCAGUCCAGUAAACUAUGGCUCUUACUACAAAACCCGUCGCUUUCAGACUUUUUCCAUGUUUUGAAUCGUGAUCUUGUGACCCUUUUGGAUGUUUUACCCAUCAACAGUCUUAAUCUAAGCGACGACAUUAGAGAACAAAUCGAGCUUUUGCAUCAACAAUCCAGUAAAUCGACGACACUGUUCGUUGAUCACAACGACGAAUUGCUACGGGACAGAUUCUAUUCGUUUCUCGACGGAUUUGAGAAGGGUCAGAUACCCAAUUCGGAAGAAUUGAGAUCUUUCUUCGUUGAGAAAUUGGAGAUUAGUGAUCCGAAAAGUUGCAGAGAUGAAAUCGAGUUUCUGGAAGAGCAGAUUGUGAAUCACGAUUGUGAUGAUUUGGAGCCUACAAGGUCGUUGGUUAACGGGUUCGUGGCUAUCACACGAUACUGCAUGUUUUUGUUGUUUGAGUUUGAAGAUGAUGAAUUGGAGUGGAGCAUCGAGAACUUGAAGAAACAGAGGAAAUGUUUAAUUGCGGAGGAGAUUGUGGACACUUUUAUGACGCUACCAAAGGAUUUUGUUUGCUCUAUCUCUCUUAGUUUGAUGAAGGAUCCUGUGAUUGUUUCCACUGGACAAACUUAUGAUCGGAGCUCUAUAGUUAGGUGGUUUGAAGAAGGUCACUCUACUUGUCCUAAAACAGGGCAAAAGCUUGUGGAUUCUUCGUGUAUUGUUGCUAAUCUAGCUUUGAGAAACUUGAUAACGCGUUGGUGCGAAGCAAUGGAGUUUGAGGAUUCACCAAACGAGUCUCCUGCUUCGGUUCUUCAAACAAGAGCUUCAAUGGAAGCAACCAAAGCUACUGUAUUGAUUCUCAUACAAAAUCUAGCUGGUGUGUCAGAGUUAGCUCAGAUAGUGGCGGCACGAGAAAUUCGUCUUCUAGCCAAAACAGUAAGGAAAAGAGGUGUAUUGAUCGCCGAAGCAGGUGCAAUCCCGCAUUUGUGUAGGCUUCUUAAAUCCAAAAACGCUGUUGCGCAAGAGCAUUCCGUUACAGCGAUGCAUAAUUUGUCUGUCUGCGAGGAAAACAGAAGCCUGAUCAUGGAGGAAAAUGAUUGCCUUGAGUCGAUUGUGAGCGUUCUCGCCUCGGGUCUUACUUUGGAAGCUCAAGGAAACGCAGCAGCCACAUUGUAUAGUCUUUCCACAGUACAUGAAUAUAAGAAACGGAUCGCAAAUGUAGAUGGCUGCAUCAAAUCACUUGCAUCGCUGUCGCGGAAUGGAAAGCCGAGAGGGAAAAAAGAUGCACUCAACGCUCUAUAUGGCAUAUGGUCACAUCCAGAUAAUUGCAGCCAGAUGAUCAACUCGGGAGGAGUGUCCGCUAUCGUGAGAGCUUUGGCGGACGAGGAAGAGGCAGUGACGGAGAGAGCGGCGGUAGUGUUGGGGGUAGUAGCGAAUCAUUCUUUAGGAGCAGAGACUAUAGGGAGAGAGGAAUCAGCUGUGGCUGGACUCAUUGAAUUGAUGAGAUGUGGAACACCAAGAGGCAAAGAAAAUGCGGUUGCUACUUUGUUACAUCUCUGCAUAAAUGGUGGGACGGUUGUGGUGGAGAAGGUGGUGAGAGCACCGGCUCUUUCUGAUUUAACCCAAAAGCUUUUGCUCACGGGUACAAAUCGGGCUAAGCGGAAAGCGAGUUCAUUCCUCGCUUUGGUUUGUAAGGGGUGCGAAAACACAGCGAUGAUGUGGUCUGGUAAUAGAGAAGGGAGUUUUAGAACCCAUGUCUCCCUACCCAUCUCUAUACCUGUAUCUGUUUUGUGAUCUUACAUACAUAUAUAUGCGCAUAAGCCUUAGAGAAUAAUGUUGUUAAUGGGGAAGGUAUAAGAGUUUUGUUAAGCGAUGUUUAUGUAUUGCCUAUAAAUAUUAUGUGAUGUAAUAAGCUAUAAGUUUAUUGAUACAAUCGGUUCUAUAGCUUGUUUGUCUGAA